UGUGACAGCUUAAGAGAAGCUACUCCAGAUUCCUCUCUGACCGGUCUCAUUCUGGGACCAGAAAAGUGUCUUAUGGAUUGUACUUAAAUUCUAAUACUGAAAAGAAAGAGAAGAAAAAAUGUCUGCGUCUGGGGACUCAAGAAAUGAGUUUUCCACAGAAGAGGAUGCAGGAUCAACGCAGCUGAAGCUCGGGCGCAUGGCACAAACAUCCUGUCUUCCCUUCAGCGUUGAAGCUCUCAUGUCGGAGACAAGGCCGCUGGCUGUGACCAGCAAAGAAAAGGGAAAUUAUGAUUUGAAGGAGGAUGAGGCGCAGCGGACAGAUGAGUGCACACAAAACUUAAUAUCUAUUAAAUCAGAGCCACUGGAACAACAGGAAUUUCCCUCUUGGAUAUCCAGCUCCAUUAAGAUGUCUACUCCCCCACGGCAGCUUAGUCCGACAGUCUGCUCAUUGAGGAAGCACAAAACCAACCGUAAGCCUCGUACUCCCUUUACCACAAUGCAGCUUCUGGCCCUGGAGAGGAAAUUUCGUCAGAAGCAGUACCUGUCCAUCGCCGAGCGGGCCGAGUUCUCCUCCUCACUGUCCCUGUCCGAGACCCAAGUCAAGAUCUGGUUUCAGAAUCGACGGGCCAAAGCCAAGAGGCUUCAGGAGGCUGAAGUAGAGAAACUCAAACUAGCAGCUGGUGUAGGCUCCAAAGCUGUCUUCUACCCAGGAUACUCAUCCUUGGGUUUUCCCCUGCACGCUGGUUCGGCAGGGCUCUAUGGACUGGGCUACUCAUACGGCCGCACCCCUGUUCUCCCUGCUGCACAUCUGGCUAUGUACGCCUCACAGGUCGGCUACAGCCUUUUCCACCUCUCCUGAGACGAAAAAGAAAUAUACAGACAGAUUGUGCUAAAAGGGAUGACAAGAGUGUAUCAUUAAAUCAUGCACCUUAUGCAAAACUUGUUUGCAUGUGACCUGAAGUGGACUUUAAGCUUCAUUGUUUGUCUUAAGAAGGAUUUACAAGUGUUCUGCUAUUUG